AUGGCUCACGGCAUCUUGGGGCUCAUGCAGCCCUUGCGGAGGGGACUGAACGCGAGCAAAAUUCGCCUCUUUUUGCUCUGUGGUGUGACUGAGCAGCACCACAGCCCAGCAAAGUGCUGGCCAGAAAGAGGCUUCAGCUCCACACACGGGUCCCAGGAUGCCCCUGGGGAAUCAAGCUCUGAGGAUCAGGUGACAGUGCAUUUUAUAAAUCGGGAUGGAGAGCGACUUACGACCACAGCCAAAGAAGGGGAGAGUUUGCUGGAAGUGGUAGUCAAUCACAACUUGGCCAUUGAUGGAUUUGGUGCCUGUGAAGGGACAUUAGCCUGCUCUACCUGUCACCUCAUCUUUGAGAAGGAUGCCUUCCAAAAGCUUGAUGCCAUCUCAGAUGAAGAGCUGGACAUGCUGGACUUGGCAUAUGGACUCACUGACACAUCGCGCCUUGGCUGCCAGGUGUGCGUUAAGAAGUCGAUGGAUGGUCUGACGGUGAGGGUCCCCAUGGAUGUGUCAGACAUCAGGAAGCAGCAGGAGGUUGGAAAGCAAAGCAAACAGUAACUGGAAACGAUUGCUGCACAGCUUACAUUCUCAUUUAGGCAUGGCAGUGUACUUAGCUUUUGGUUGACACCCUUGCUUUUUGUGGCUGGCUUGCAGUAGGCCAUAAAGGUCUGAUUCACUAUAAAAGGUGUAUUUGGAAAAUCUCUUAUUUAAACAAGGCAUCAUGCUUAAUAGGGUCUUUGGUAUUUUAAGUGCUUAAAUGCUCUGCUGAACACAAUUGGAUUAAAGUGUAUGGCUUUAUAUUUCCCUGGGUGGGUGUCAGUAAAUACCUCUGCUGUAUGUGACUCACUUUCUCCUUUGAAAUUUAAGAAUUCUGCUAUUCUGAGGAACUGCUGAGAAUUUUGCAAGGCUUAACUCUUUAAAGGUGGAGCAGACUUUUCCAAUUUGUGUAGAUUAGGAAAAGAUUGCUGUUUGCAGGUCAGUGAUGGGCUGGGUGAUAUAGGUGACUUCAGUUUGGCCAGCAAGAGCAUACUGAGGACAUUAGUGUGCUGACAGUUCCUGUAAGCAGCAACCACUUCUGCAAGCUUGAGAUGUUUCAGGUGCCUGAAUUGUUCUGUUCUGGGAGCAGCCACUUUCUCCAAAUGUUAAAUUUUCUUAUUGCUGUACUAUCCCUCAUCUCAAAUAAAAUUCUUAUAAUGAGCCUUUUAGACCUACAAGAUGCACUGUUCUGGUACCAUAAGCCAGGCUGGAAUAGAAUGAGUUGGAAGGAAAUUUGGUUGGCUGCAUUAAGCACAGCACUGCCAGCUGAUCAAAGGAGGUGAUUGUCCUGCUGUACUCAACACUGUUGGGCAUUGAGUAUAAGAAAGACAUUAUUCUGUUAGAGAGGGUCCAGAGAAGGAUUGUGAGGAUGAUGAAAGGUCUGGAGGGGAAGCCUUAUGAGGAGCUGAGGUCACUCGGUUUGUUCAGCCUGGAGAGGGGGAGACCAAGGUCAGACCUUGUUGUGGUCUUCAGCAUCUUCAUGGGGGGAAGCAGAGGGGCAGGUACCAGUCUCUUCACUCUCAUGACCAGUGAUAGGACUCAAGAAAAUGGCAGGAAGCUGAGUCAGGGGAAGUUUAGGUUAGAUCUCAGGAAAAGGUUCUUCACCCAGAGGGUGUUUGGGCACUGGAACAGGAUCCCAGGGCAGCAGCAUGUCUGAGUUAAGAAUCAUUUGGACAAUACUCCUGGGCACAUGGUGGGA